AUGGAGGGGCUCAUCCCGUUCGUCUACAAGGCCAUCAAGGAGCGGCGCACCCGGAGCUACUCCAGGUGCGGCUCGGCGCGCGGCGCCGCCGUCGCGGACGAGGAAGACGUCUGGGAGCAGCAGAAGCAGCAGUGGGCGGCGGCGGACGGCGCGGGGAGGGAGGCGGGGCACUGGCGGCACCGGUCGCUGGAGGAGCUGGCCGGCGAGGUGGGCUCCGCGGCGCCCGAGUGGCCGGCCCGCGGGGCGAUGCGCAGGGGCCGGAGCGCCAGGAUCUUCUCCUGCAUCGGCGGCAUGUAA